AAUGUCCAAAAAAAUAAAAUAUUUGGAAAGAACUUAAAGGGACCUAGUACAUUCCAAAUUUAUUAUUGACUAACGAUACACUUCAACUCUUAAACCUUAAAUAUCUGAUUGGUUUAAAAAGAUGAAACCACUUCCAGACUUCUCAAGAAUUUUUUAAGAUUACAACAAACGCUAUUUUACUUUAAAUCUCCUUGAAAUAUCACUCUAUUAUUCCAAUAAAGAAAGAUACUCACUUAAUGAUAUCACAUAUAUUCCAUUUGAAGUACUUUUGCUAUUCAUUUUAGGAAGUACAGUCAGUUUCUGAUAAACCACAUUACGCUCUUUCUAAUUAAGGAGUAGAGUGGAAAGAAGCAUUUGGAUUUACAAUUUAUUUAGCAGAAAAAUAUAUAGUUUUAGUGGCUUAAUCAAAUGAAAUAUAUAUGUUAUGGUUAAACUAUUUUGAAGCGAUCAGAUUUAGAUCAAGUGGAAAAAGUAUUGUAUAAAGACAACGUACACCUUAUUAUUCCAAUCUAUUUAUAAUCAAUCUUCCUGAUUUAUAAAAUGUGUAAAACCCUUCUUUAGAAAUGAAAUAGAAAAAAGAUCAAUCUCAUCCUGAAACUCAAGAACCUGAUAAACCUAUCUAUAAAUCUAAGGAUGAUAAUCAACCUGUACGAACACCUGAUAAUGAAGAUAUCAUUAAUCAUUCAGAAAUAGAACAAAAAGGCUCUACUUUAUAACUCAGCCAAUAAAAAAUUUAAGAAAAUUGUAUAUAUUCCUAAAAUAUCAUUGAACAGUCAAAUAAAAUAGAGAUCACAGAAAAAAACUCUUUUUCUGAUCGUGAAAGUGAAGAUCAAACAAAAAUCAUCAUUUAAAAAGAUAUCCAAUAAAAAGCAGUCAAUAUGGAUUUUUUGAUUUAAGAUACGAGUCAAAUUUUUGUUAAAAAUUACGAAAAUGAUGAAAUCAUUUAACUAACUAAAAAUGAAUAGUUGCUCUCUAUAUAGGAAGAAGAAAAAUAUAGCUAGUUACCUAUACCUAGGAGAUUAGAUAAAAUAAAAAAGAAACCUAGUUUCAAUAUCCAUUAAUAACAAGUUAAAGGACCAUUAAAAAAAAAUAUUACAAAUUUUUGGGCUACCAAUGAUAAUGUAGGAAAUGAAAUAGUAAAUCAAAAUUCAAAUAGCAUAAAGAUUGAUUAAGUUCCUAAUUAAGUCAAAAGCUUAUUUCUUAAUAUAUAAGAUGUUCAUGAUUAAAUAUAAGAUGACGAUGUUGAUUAGCCUGAAUUAUUAGUUAAAUUUGAUGAAUUAGAUUCAGCGAGGUGGGCAGAUUAAUAAUGA